AUGGCAGCACAUUCGGCCGCAAAGGCCAUAAACACUCAGGAAAUUACCGACAAGGCCCGUCGAGAUCUGCUUCAUCUUCUUGAGGGCGUAGGUACUCUGACCGCCCCUAAAUCUUGGGAUCACUCCUGACCGCCGUCUCCGCAGGUUCGAGGCAAGAAGAAUCUGGUCAUCGAAAAGUCUCUGGCUGGUACCAUUGGCUUGUUCGUCAAGUUCAGCACUCUCCAGGAGUAUGGAGUCGACAAGCCCUUCUUCCUCGAGAACCACAAUGUCGACUCGACGCAGCGCAACAUCAUUUUCAUGGCGCGAGGCGAGAGCGCAAAGAAGAUACGCACUGUAGCUGGUAUGUUCACCCUCUCCUACUAUGCUCAACCUUAUGUCUCUCGUUCGAGACAGCCGACAACCCCUACGGGAUCUAAAAGUAGAGUACACAGACGCACUGCUUUCACUCUGUGUAUUCAGUCUUGAUCCCAAAAGCAACCCAACUUCAGCCAAUAUGAUCUAUAGUCUCACGUGUACCUCUGAAUCAUGUGCAGAGCCAUCAUGAAAUGCUUACAUACCGAAUUAACGUCGCGUUCUGAUUUCGAUCUCGAUCUCAGACUUGAUGCUAACAGGCCAAUAGAACAGAUCAAGCUCGUUCGCAGCGAAAGCAAGAUUGACCAUGACUUCACCAUCAUUUGGGUGCCUCGCCGCACUUUGGUCAGCAACAUGAUCCUCGAAGAACAUGGUGUCUUGGGAGAGGCGAACAUCACGGAGCUGGCAUUGAACUUCGUCCCUCUGGAAUCCGACGUGCUCUCCUUGGAGCUCGAGGACUCGUUUAGCGACAUCUGCUUGCGGAGAGAUCCGACGCCCAUUUUCGCCUCUGCCAAGGCUUUGAUGCUCCUGCAGAAGCAGUAUGGGCUAUUUCCAAGGAUACUGGGCAAGGGCGACAACGCUCAACGCCUCGCUGACCUCCUCCAGAAGAUGCGCAACGAGGAAGAUGUCAACGCAGCAGCGGAUCCGAACACCACCUUCCUCACUUCCUUCGGCCUCACGCCAAGCUCUCUUGUCGAGAAUCUGGUCGUCAUCGACCGCGAAGUCGACUUCCCUACAGUGCUUUCCACUCAGCUGACAUACGAGGGCCUCUUGGAUGAAGUCUUUACCAUCACCAACAAUAGCAUUGAAGUGGACUCUUCAAUCCUCGGCGGCGCACCAGCCCAACCCGCACAACAAAACGGUUCCACGCCGACCGCCGCGACGAAACGCAAGGUCGUUCUUGAUUCCAGCGAUAAAUUGUAUCCCGAUCUGCGUGACACCAAUUUCGCGACGGUCGGGCCUACUCUGAACCGCACCGCACGAAGACUGGCUUCCGACCAUGAAACCAUGCACAACAAAGAGCAAACGGUCGCAGAUCUACGAAACAUCGUCAACAAACUCCCGUCAUACCAGGCUGAAUCUACGAGUCUGAAGAUUCACACCAGUCUUGCCGAGGAAAUUAUGAAAGUCACCCGCGGCGAGAGUUUCGGACGGAUGCUCGAGGUCCAGCAGAACCUCUUGGCAGGCACGGAUCCGAGCAGUCUGCACGAGAAUCUCGAAGAGCUCAUUGCUCGGGAUGCGCCGCUGAGUACGGUCCUCCGACUCCUCUGCCUCGAAAGCUCUCUGUCGAACGGCCUCCGCCAACGAGACCUCGACCACUUCAAACGCAUGAUCCUCCAAGCCUACGGCUUCCAGCACACCCUCACCCUCUCCGACCUGGAAAAGAUGGGCCUCCUCGUCCCCCGCGAGAGUCACCGCGGCUACCUGAACCCCAUCGCCGGCGCCGCGGGCCAGACCGCCACCGACUGGAACGCGGUGCGCAAGAGCUUCCAGCUCUGGACCGACGAGGUCCAGGAAUCCGACCCGGAAGACAUCGCCUACGUCUUCAGCGGCUAUGCCCCCCUGAGCGUGCGCCUGGUCCAGUGCAUCCUCCAGAAACCCGCCCUGCACCAACUCGUCAACGCGAAGAACGCCCCCGCCGCCCCGGGCGGCACGGGAUGGAAAGGCUUCGAAGACUCCCUGGGCAAGAUCCGCGGCGCGACGGUGGAUGUGAGUCAGAAGGGCAGCGAUGCGGACGCGUCGCAUGCGAGGAAGACUCUGCGCGGGAGCAAGGAAGGGCCCAAGAUUACGGUCGUCUUCUUUCUGGGUGGCGUUACGUAUGCUGAGAUUGCCGCUCUGCGGUUUCUGAGUGCGCAGUUGCAGCGGCAGAGUGGGAGGGAGAUUGUGAUCGGGACGACUUGUGUUUUGAAUGGGAAGAAGGCUGUGGAUGUGGCGGUGGAGAAGAGGUCGUUUGCUAGUUAA